AUGUACUGAAAGUACACAUUGUUAUGCUUACCUGAUUGCUACAAGUAUAUUACUGCGUGGGAAAUAAACGACAGCAUGCAGUUGCAAGUGCUGCCUUUGCUCUGCAUCCCCUGUGUCCCAGUGAUUUCGCGACCCUUACCCAGGGACCCCAACGCACUAGACGUUGACAAUUGGUGCCCGAACAGGGACCCUGAAGGACGUUCAGGAAGGAGGAUGGACGGACCUGUUUCUGGCUCCCCGCGAGAUGGAUCCGGUCGAGGACCAAUUCGCACAGCACUGUAUCCCGCCAGACGACGGAUGGGGAACCCGGACCAAGAGGAUGCCGCCGCAGAACAACUGGAGUGAGCCAAUGGUAAAUCAUCAAUUGAUGGCCUGGAGAGAUGGCGGCAUUGCAGACCCUCGCAUAGCACAUCAGAAAUUUCCUGAUCAUAUUCAAACGCACUUAUGGAAAAUUGCAGCUGCGCUUAAGACUGUUCGAAUGUACAAUGGAACUUUUUCUGGCACAGCGAACUCUGCGUCAACUUAUAACUUCACUAUUUCUAAAGAAAUGAAUGUAACUGCUUGUGUACCUUUGCCAUAUCUAUUUCUGGUUGGGAAUUUUAGUUUCGAUAAUGGAAUUAACUGUGCUAAAUGUCGAUUAUACUCUUGUGUUAAUAGUUCUAUAGAAUUUGAGCCAGGAUAUUCUCUUAUGAUUUUGCAACAACGUUCUCACAUUUGGCUUCCGGUAAAUCUAGAACGACCAUGGGCUCAAAAUCCCGUGGACGCCUUAGUUUUAGAAUUCUUCAAAAAGAUGUUAAAACGUACUAAACGCUUUGUCGGCAUUAUUGUGGCAAUUAUUUUAAGUUUAAUCACAGUUACCACAUUAGCCGCAGUGUCAGGCGUAGCAUUACAUACAUCUUUACAAACCAAACAUUUUGUGGAAAAUUGGCACCGUGACUCUCGGGAUCUUUGGCUUUCACAAACUAUGAUUGAUACUCGCUUGCAAACACAAAUAGAUGUCCUUAGGCAGACAGUGGGCUGGUUAGGGAAGAAGGUAUUGACACUAGAGAGACAGAUUUGGCUGCGUUGCGAUUGGAAUUCUACAACUUUUUGUGUUACCAACCUAAAAUAUAAUGAGUCACAGCAUGAUUGGAGCGUUAUCCAAAGAUACUUAGAAGGUAACUCGUCAGCAACUGACAUGAUCAAUAAUUUGCACACAAACAUUCAGGAGAUAUUUGGUAGACCAUUUGAGACUGAAGAUGCUGCCACUCUGGCAGACUUGUUCCUUAAACAACUUGAGGGAUUAGACCCAAAAGGUAUCAUUCAGAGUUUGGGGCAUACUGCUGGAGGAAUGGGUAUUAUACUCCUAGUUGUUAUCUUAUGCUUCACGCUGUUGCAUUUCUGUUAUAUAAAACCGUCUCAGAAUUCUAUGUCCACCCUUUGGAAAGCACUUUUGCUGAAACAAAAGAAAAAAGGGGGAAAUGAGAUGGCAUAGGCUUGCAGGCCCCUUGCGAGCCAGGGUCAUUCAAGGACUGCAGUGAAAGUUAGGAAAACCAGGCAGACCUGAGCAAGGAGGAGAAAAUGUUCUCUUCCCCUUAUCUCAUGUUGCAAGUUCUGAAUGCCUGGAUCUGCAAGAAGUGGCUCUUGCCUAGAUUAGAGGCGUCCCUCCUUAGGACAAGAACAUACUGUUCCUUGAAGAAGGGUGGCUGGGAGAAUUCUUUAACUUUGUAAACAUAGAGCAAAAUUCUUGUGUAUCUUUCUUCAAGGAUGUUAGUUUAAUCCCAUAAUGUACUGAAAGUACACAUUGUUAUGAUUAUCUGAUUUCUACAAGUAUAUUACUGCGUGGGAAAUAAACGACAGCAUGCAGUUGCAAGUGCUGCCUUUGCUCUGCA